GACCAACUUUUGUUUCAGUACGGAUGUUAGUCUCACGACAGAGCAUCUGAAGACUCGUUUCUGCUGAUUCAAGAAGAGGAUGAAGCAAGAACCGGUACGGUUAUGCCGGACUCGAGUACAGCAACAGCAAGGGCUUGUUCAUGGUUCUGCUUCUGCAUCUGCUUCGGAUGGAAAUUUCAUGCAACUAACAAACUUUCCUGGCCAGGGUGGUCAACACGGAUCUUCUUCGUCGCAUUCGCAGCAACAGCAGUAUGGCGCAGCUGGUAAUGCUGGAGGUGCGGGUGGGAACAUGACGAGGGGUCAUCUAUAUUGAAGGAUGGGUGGGAACAUCAUGCCGAGUGCAGAAAGGUCAGUGCUGGAUUCGAUCUAUCACCUGUGGUUUUAUUGUCCGUAGAUGAAAUUUCUACAGGAAUCAUCUAAGUACGUAAAAGAUAUUUCAGGUUGUUUGGAAGUACCACGUAUAUUUAUCACAAUGGAGAUAUCAUGGUCGAGUAUCUAUCCUCCUCGUAGUAAACAAGGAUAAACGCCACAGCCUAAUUCGAUUUCAAACACUCGUAUUCACGCACAAAAAUGAACGAUUUGGUUACAAAACCGAGGGGAUUUUAAUUGUUAAGAUUCAUUGCACAAAGAUGAAAGCGUCAGGACCGGGCUUCACUUGUUAAGAUUCAUUGCACAAACAAACGCGCGCUGUGAGAGUAUUCUCCCACUUUCUUGGAUUCUUAAAUAACGAAACAAAAAACACAUAGAGAAAGGUAG